AUGCGAGGGUCUAGUGUUCGACGGAAGCUUCGCUCCUCAGCAGGCGGCGAGAUGGCUCAAAGCAACAUCGAUCCGCCCGAAUCAAGAGACGACAAUCCUUCCAGAUUGAAACGCAAACAAAGCAGUGUGGAUGAGGAUGAAGAAGUAGUGAUACCUUCGAAGAAAAAGAAACAAGACCUUGAAGAGGGUGUUAUCUCGGUUGGCGCAAAAACCUCUCGAACUCGUCUCCUGCAGCUUCUACAAAACCGUCUUGUUUCGAAAAAAAAAGGAAGACUUUCGAGCAAAGCACCAGAACCCACCUCAUCAACCUUAGAUAUAGCUCAAGACCCAGGCGAAAAAUCAGCAGCAGAGGAUCAGGCUGUUACAACCAACCCGAAUGAAAAUUCCAUACAAGGAUCUUUCACCUUUUUGGUGAACACAAAAGACAAGGAAGACAUACCCUCAUCAACCUUAGAUAUAGCUCAAGAACCAGGCGAAAAAUCGGCAGCAGAGGAUCAGGCUGUUACAAUCAACCCGAAUGAAAUUGACUUUCAAAUUUACAGUACCACUGAGCUGGAAAACAUGUUGCGUGACGUUGGCGUGGACACCUUUGGAAUGGAUAAAUCCAAGCUUAUCAAGUGCUGUAAAAGUUAUGAAGAAUUGAUUACUAGAGCGCGUAUCUCCCGAAAGAGUUGCUUCGACAUUCGUAAUGGACAAUUCAAGCCUUGA